AUGAAGUUCCUCUCGGCAUCAGCCUUGGCGGCAACUCUUAGCACCGGUGUUUUAGCCUUGACCCCUGCGGAAUGGCGGACUCAGACGAUUUACCAGGUCAUGACGGACAGGUUUGCUCGGAAUGAUGGAUCGACGACGUAUUUGUGCCAGACUCAUGUGCAAAAAUACUGCGGCGGUACGUGGAGGGGUAUCAUUGAUAAGCUGGACUACAUCCAGGGUCUUGGUGCAACAGCCGUAUGGAUCUCGCCCUUUGUCAAAAAUAUUCAGGGCAGUUCUAUGGACGGCGAGUCGUAUCAUGGCUACUGGGCGCAGGACAUUUAUCAAGUCAACCCUUCCUUCGGCACACCCGACGACCUCAAGGAUUUGUCUGACGCUUUGCAUGCUCGUGGAAUGUAUCUGAUGGCCGACGUCGUCACGAACCACAUGGGCUGGUUUGGUCCCCCUAACACGACGGACUACUCCAUUUACCGCCCCUUCCACAACGCUUCCGCUUACCACGUCCCGCCUUGCUGGAUCAACUAUGAUGACCAAGACACGGUUGAGAGAUGCUGGCAGGGCUCCAACGAAGCUUCCUUGCCGGAUCUUCGCACCGAGGACCCCCACAUUCGCAAGGUUUUCAACGCGUGGAUUCACCGCAUGGUUCGCAGGUAUGGUUUCGAUGGACUGAGGCUGGACAGCGCCAAGCAUGUCGAGAAAUCAUUUUGGCCAGGUUUUGAAGCUUCCGCCGGUGUCUUCGCCAUUGGCGAGGUUUUCCAUGGAGACCCAGCCUACGUUGUACCGUACCAGGACUUCAUGAGCGGAGUGAUGAACUUGCCCGUGUACUACUGGGUCACACAAGCCUUCCAAUCCACAACCGGAAGCAUCUGGAACCUGGCGAACGGCGUCAAGACUCUUGCUUCUACUGCGCGUGACCUGACACUUUGGGGUGGUUUCCUUGAGAGCCAUGAUCAACCACGCUUCCUCAGCCACACCUCCGACAAGACUCUGCUCAAGAACGCGUUGACGUUCACCCUCCUCAUGGAUGGUAUUCCCAUCAUCUACCAGGGGCUGGAGCAGGGCUACACCGGUGGUGGUACCCCUUUGAACCGUGAGGCGUUGUGGCUGUCAGGGUACAACACCGAGUCGGAGCUGUACCGCUGGAUCCAGAAGCUGAUUGGCCUGCGCUCGGCCAUGAUAGCACAGGAUCGUGGAUAUGUCUUCUAUAAGGCGCUGCCAAUCUACACGGACGACCACAUCAUCGCCAUGCGGAAGGGUUUCGACGGCUCGCAGGUUGUCAGUGUCUACUCCAAUGUCGGUGGCAAUCGUACAUUUGGAGUGGCCCUCGGACAGGAGGAGACCGGGUUCCGUCCUUGCAAGCUGAUUAUGGAGAUCACCAAGUGCCGGCCAUUCGUGACGGAUUCAAGCGGCGUGCUCAGGGCUGAGAGCGGAAGCGGGGGACCGCUUGUGUUCGUCCCAGCUGAGCGGGUCAUGGGCACGGGUAUUUGUCCUGGUGGGAUAGGCAAGCCUCCUCCUCCCCGUCCUCCCUCUCGUGCCCGUCACAGCAACCCUCCUCCCUCGGCAACGACGAGCAUCGCUUUUGAGAGUACUGUUUUUAACUUAGCUUUGAUAGGACGUUUUAAUAACAUGACUUCAUCCUGCUUGGCGUCCCCGCCGCAAUGCCUUAACUCGACUGACAGCUCUACUAACGACACGACUGCGACGAACUGCACGCUGCCCGUGACUGUGGAUAAGAAGAAGCACAGCGACAAACACAGCGAAAGGCACAGACUUCGACACAAACUACGACACUAA